AUGGGCUGUGAGAAUGGAACAGGCGUUGUGGAAUUCGUCCUUCUGGGUUUCUCCUCACAACCUGAACAACAGACUCUCUUCUUCAUCACCUUUCUGCUGAUGUAUGCAGCAGGCAUUCUGGGCAACAUCGUGAUGUUCAUUCUGAUCACCGUGGAUGCUCGGCUUAAGACCCCCAUGUACUUCCUGCUGCGUAGCCUUUCGGUGGUGGAUGUGGGUUUCCUCACAGUCACGGUGCCCCAGAUGCUGGUUCACAUCCUCUCCUCUUCCAAGAUGAUCCCUUUCUAUUCCUGUAUGGCUCAGUUCUUCUUCUUCUAUGUGUUUGGUGUCACGGACAUCUUCAUGGUGAGUAUCAUGGCUCUGGAUCGCUAUGUUGCCAUUUGCAACCCACUCCACUAUGCUACAGUGAUGAACCAGAAGGUCUGUGGACAUUUGGUGGCUGGAUGCUGGAUAGUUUCCACCCUCCAUUCCAUGCUUCAUACUGGCCUCCUCCUGCGCCUCAGUUACCGUGGAGACAAUCACCUGUCCCACUUCUUCUGUGACCAUCAGCCCUUGCUCCAGCUCUCCUGCUCAGACACCACCAUCAAUGAAGCUGCCAUCUUCUUUGAGGGUGUUCCUGUCAUCCUUGGGACUUUUGUCUUCAUUAUUGUCACCUAUGUCCGCAUCGUGGCAGCUGUGAUGAAGUUCUCUUCCUCAGGGAGGCGCAAGGCUUUCUCCACCUGUAGUUCCCAUCUUACCAUGGUGGUGCUCUUCUAUGGGGCAGUCAUUGGGGUCUACUUCCUACCCACAUCCAGCUCUUCUUCUCAACGAGGGACCAUUUUUGCUAUCAUGUACACUGUCAUCACCCCAAUGUCCAAUCCUUACAUCUACAGUCUCAGGAAUAAAGAUGUCAAACAGGCCCUGAGGAAUCUCUUGGGUAGGGCAUCUUUUUCUCACUAA